AGUGAGUGGAUCCUAUUUGUGACACAGGUCAGAACCAAAUGGUCCAUUUCUUCCUUUUCCUCUAUUUUAUCCUUACGAUUUGGUCAUUUUGGAUCUCAGGUUCUACUGUUCCAAAGAGUUGGUGGGUCCGGCUUUUGAAGCUUCUUAAGUUAACCAUCAAAGGAUACUUUUGCAGGAUCUUUUGAAUUAAUAGCAUAUGAAAUCUGUAAGUAGUUUAGAGAAAUUAGAAAGUUUCUGGUUUCUGGGUUUUUUUAAACAAAGCAACUUUCCAAAGCCUGUUUAAUAGGAAUUCAUUAAACCUAAUAUCUUAGGCAGGACAAUAAUUUGUGACACACACAUACCUUUCCUGGCCUGUAUUUUUCACAUACUUUCAUACAUAUUCUUGAUAGGUAAAAUAAUUUCCAAGUAAACCAGAUUUAGGAAGGGGAAACCUUGCUAGUUUUAAUAAAUGUUCGUAUGAAACUAAAAUUAAUGAUCAAGGACACCAUUCAUGAAAAUGUAUAGCAUAGUCAGAAAAAAAAUUCACUCUUUCUUUUAUAGAAAAUAAGUACUAUAUUUCUUUGACUCUUAGUGGAUGACAUGGAUUAUUAUUCUUUUUGCUUCUGGCAAAAGCUUGCACAGAAUUUUCUGAUUAUUCAGAAAAUAAAAUUAUAUCAUGUGACUAAUUAAAAAGAUACCAAUUGCACCUGGCCCUUUGGAAGACUUUACUCUCCAAGGUAAAAUCUGCCCCCAGCCUUCUACCCUUCUGCAAAAGAGCCUGAGGACCUGACUGCUGGUUGGUCUGAGGAUCAAAUAGGGGAGCUCCACACUGGAGGUGGCUGCUAGAUUGAUGGCAGCCUCCACCUCCCCUCCCGUCCCCUUGCUCUCUGCUCUCCAACCAUCUAUCUUUUUGGUUACCCUGUUGAUGUAUUUAUUUUUGUUGUAUUCCUUUGUCAUUGUUUAAAGGGAUGUGGUGGCUCAGUGGCUAAGACACUGAGCUUGUCAAUCGAAAGGUCGGCAGUUCAGCGGUUUGAAUCCCUAAUGCCAUGUAACGGGGUGAGUUCCUGUUACUUGUCUCAGCUUCUGUCAACCUAGCAGUUCGAAAGUACAUAAAAAAUGCAAAUUAAAAAAUAGGGACCACCUUUGGUGGGACGUAACAGCGCUCUGUGUGCCUUUGGUGUUUAGUCAUGCCGGCCACAUGACCACGGAGAUGUCUUCGGACAGCUCUGGCUCUUCAGCUUUGAAAUGGAGAUGAGCACCGCCCCCUAGAGUAGGGAACGACUAGCACAUAUGUGCGAGGAGAACUUUACCUUUUGUCAUUGUUUACUUUAUUCUAUUUUAAUCCUGUUCUAUUUACUCCCUUUCAUUUUUCUUCCUUUUUAUUAUUGUAAGCUGCUUAGAAUAGCCCUACGGUGAGAUAAGUGGCAAAUAAAUAAACACCGUGAGAUGGGGUAUCAUCAGUACACUGCUGAUACUCAACUUUAUAUCUCCAACCGGUGUGACAGAGGUGUUGCUGUCAUUUCUGUUUCAUGGUGUGGUGGAGGCUGUGGGGGACAAAUGACAUCACUUAAACCCUGACAGGACUGAGUGGAUAUGGGUAUAUCCUGCUCAAAGAGCAGGUGGCAGUGGUAGGUAGAAGAGCUUUUACGCAACUUUGUUUUGCAUGCUUUCCUGGAUUGUAAGUCCCUGCGCUCAGUCACUCAUGCCCUGGUCAUCUUGCGCUUGGAGUACUGAAGUUUGCUCUACAUGAGACUACUCAAGAAUAUUCAGAAGCUUCAGUUGGCACAAAAUGAAGCAUGCAAACAGUUUAGGUGGCCCGUGUAACAACUCUGUUGUGUAAACUGCACUGGUUUCCAGUUCGAUUCCAGAACCAAUUCAAGCUGUUGGUUAUCACCUUUAAAGUCCUUUAUGACAUAGAUCCAGGUUAUCUGAGGAACCAUAUCUCUCCAGUGGGAUUGGCCCCACCCCACGUGCUAACAAAAAGGGGAUGUUUUGAAUCCUGUCAGCCAAGGAAUUGUGGCUGGGCGGGUCCAGGAGGAGAACCUUUUCUGCCUUAGCUUCUGCCCUUUGGAACAUCAUCCCCCCCCCAGAUGUGAGAUCUGCCCCCACCCUCUCAACCUUCCGAAAGGGCCUAAAAACUUGGUUCUGCUAAUUCUCUUGGGGCCUAUAUGGGGGUGUCCCAUUCUGGAAAUGGCUAGUAGAUUAGAUACGAUACCACCUUCCACACCUGCUUACUCACUGGUCCUUUAUUUAACUUAAUGUUAGCCAUUUCUGUUUUAAGACUUGAUGUUUUAAUGUUUCCAUUUUAAUUGCUUCUGAUACUGUAAGCUGCUCAGAACUAGUGAGAUGGACAGCAUAGAAAUUCAAUAAAUAAAUAAAUAAAUAAAUAACCAUUCUUAAUAAAUGUGAUUGAUGUAUUCUUGCAAAUAAUUUGAGCAGUAAAAUUAUUUUAGUGGAAUAAAAUAUAUUUUGCAUAUGUCUUUUUAGGUAAGAUUGCUGUACUAAUAAUGUAGCUGAAAGUCAUGUCUUUGCCCUAUGGAACCAAAAGUCAUAAUUUUGAUACUAGGGAAGCGGCAGCAGAGGAAGAGAUGGCAAGUGGAAUCAUUAGGGCAAUAUAUGAUUAAAUAAAUUAUGUACUUACCAUUAUUUUUUUCAAUCUUUACCAUUGACAUUUUGUAAUUUUUCUAUCAAUAUAUUGUUUGAUGCUAUACAGAUAACAGAUAACAUUAUUCCUUGCCUAAGCUGUGCUGAAAAAAACAGUAGGUUCACUGCUCCAAAUGAAGUAAAAAGAUGAAUAGAAAGUUCAGAAGGGGAGAAGCUAUUCUAGUCCAAGAAAAGUGAUAUCUGAGGCCAGGGAGGUUAGGGGCAAAGGGAGAACUUGACGUUCUCCAGUGCACGAUGCUAUGCCAUGAGCUACGGUUUAGAAAUGACAAUGACUGAAUCAGAACAACAGGCCAACUUGUUGUGUGGCCUGUUGACUUGAUUUGCACAAUAUCUUAAAUUAAGGUGAACGUACAUGACAUCAUUUUCCUCUCCUCUUGCACAUCUUAGCCAUUUUCAUUGAAUCUUUCAGGCUGUAUGAACCUGAAGCUGCCACCUUUAACUUCCCAUUAACUGCAAGUAAGGUUUCAGCUUACAGCUUUCUUUAUCUAUCUAUUCCAGAUUUGUACAACAUACUUAAAUUUUGAAAAGUUUAAUUAACAAACUGAGGAAGACAAGGUUAAGAUGAUGGUGGUUUUGUCUAUGUUAAUCCAUACUAAAUUAUUACACGUUUUGUGGGAAAUGCUGCAUAUCAACCCAGUUGCUAAUAGCCAAGUGAGGUUUAUUGAGCAGACAGAAUUUAAUUAGUAAAGAUAAGAAUGCCAAAGAUUGAUUUAUUCAAUUUUUUAUGUAUCACUGUCUUUAUUUUUUAAAAAAUAUUUAUAUUUAGAACAGAACAGAAUAGAACAUUCUAUAUUGGCCAUUGUGUGGCCACAAUGGACACACAAGGAGUUUGUUUCUGGUGCACAAGCUGUACAAGAAACAAAAUGAUAAAUCAUAAAUCAUAAGAUACAAUCAUAAAUCAUAAGAUACAAUCAUAAAUCAUAGGAUACAACCAACAAAGUGAUAGCCAUAAGAUAACAAUAGGAGUAGGUAACAGGAAAGGUGAGAAGGAUAAUAGUAAUACAACCAUACUACAUGGGUAAAUAUCCUUAGGCAUAAGAUAGUGCUGUGGGAAUUAGGUAUUUAGAAGAGUGAUGGCAGGGGGUGAAAUUGUCUUUGUGUCCAGUUGUUUUGGCAAGCAAUGCCCUAUAGCAGCAUCCUGAGGGGAGGAGUUGAAACAGUUUAUGUCCAGGAUGUGAAGGGUCUGUAGAUAUUUUCUCAGCCCUCUUUCUGUGUUGCUUGUGCAGUGUAGAGAUCCUCAAUGGAAGGCAGGCUGGUUGCAGGGUUUUUUUAUUUUCUGCAGUCCUAACUAUCCGUUGAAGUCUAUACCUGUUCUGUGGUAGCAGCGGUAGAAUUUUUAAAAACCAGCUAAGCUUGGGUGGCACUCCAGUGAAAAACCGAACAGAAACAGGAAAGGAUCCUGGAGGAGUUUCAUAAGGAAGACAAGAGGCUUUCAGAUUGUUUAAAUGUCUUCAGAUGACAAAGAAUCUCAGGAGGAUGAACUUCUUGCUUUGGCAAGUAUAUACGAUGAAGAUGAAUUCAAGAGAGCACAAGAUGUACAAGGAGGAGAAACUCGAAUCUCCGUGGAUGUGCCUCAGAAUUUCAGAGUAUCUCUGAGCGGCAACUUCACAGAGACUCUUGAAAACAGCAAGCUUGAAUAUACAGUAAGCUAUCUGCCUCCAGUGGUGCUGAAUUUUGAAUUCCCAGCAGACUAUCCUUCAACUUCCCCACCUCUGUUUACUCUCAGUUGCAAAUGGCUAUCUCAGGCUCAGAUCACUGCUCUUUGCAGGCACCUAGAUAACUUAUGGGAAGAAAACAGAGGUUCUGUGGUCCUGUUUGCCUGGAUGCAAUUUCUCAAAGAAGAGACACUUGCCUAUCUGAAUAUCACUUCCCCGUUUGAACCGGAUAUAAUUGAGCAAGAAAAACAACCAAAGGAAGAGAAUGGUUGCUAUGACAUCAAAGAUGCUGCAUCCACACAUAGAGAAUCCUCUGAUACAAGCACUGUAGAGGAUGUUGAGUCUUUGUCAAUCCUGAUUAAGGAAAUUUUAGACUUUGAUCAGUCUCAAAAAGAGAAAAAUUUCAACUGUAAAAUGUUCACGUGCAAUAUCUGUUUUUCGGUAAAACAGGGAAGCGAAUGUAUGGACUUUAAAGACUGCAGGCAUGUGUACUGCAAGAUUUGCUUGAAAAACUACUUUGAAAUCCAAAUCAAAGAUGGACAGGUCCAUUGCCUGAAUUGUCCAGAACCUGAAUGUUCAUCUGUUGCCACUCCUGGGCAGGUGAAAGAGCUGGUGGAAGAGAAACUAUUUGCACUUUACGAUCGCCUGCUGCUUCAGUCAAGUUUGGAUUUGAUGGCAGAUGUAGUCUAUUGCCCACGUCCAAGCUGCCAAACCCCAGUGAUGCAGGAUCCUUCUUGCACUAUGGGCAUCUGUUCACGAUGUAAUUACGCAUUCUGUACUUUGUGUAAAAUGACCUAUCAUGGAGUUUCCCCAUGUAAAGUCACUGCAGAGAAGCUAGCAGAUUUACGUAAUGAAUAUCUUGAAGCAGACGAAGCCACAAAACGAUUUUUGGAGCAGCGCUAUGGCAAAAGAGUUAUUCAAAAGGCUUUAGAGGAGAUGGAAAGUAAAAAGUGGCUAGAAAACAAUUCCAAAUCAUGUCCUUGCUGCGCAACUCCUAUUGAGAAGUUAAAUGGCUGUAACAGGAUGAGGUGCACUGCUUGCAUGCAGUAUUUCUGUUGGCUUUGUAUGGGUGUUUUAUCCAGGAUAAAUCCAUAUCAGCACUUUAGUGAUCCAGGCUCACCAUGUUUUAACCUGCUGUUCCAAGCUAUGGAAAUUGAGGAUUAAUUUUGGAAUGAAGAGAAUGAUUAAUCUUUAGACAGAAUCAAAAGCUGAAGAAAUGAAGAUGUACCAUGCAUGUUCAAAUUACUUUGAUUAUCGAUAGAUGAGACACAGAAAUCAGCUCAGACUGUCUAGAAAACUGCUUUUGUUUGCUAACACUAAUUUCAUGGAUGUUAUCUUUUAAUUUAAUUUUCAAAAGCACUGAACGCUUAAACAAGGACAUUAAAAUUUCACAGUGUGCUCCUUUUUCUAGUUAGCACUAUUAUCACUAAAACUGCUCCAACUGUUCCAAGAACAACAGCAGUGGAAUGUAAGCAGUUGUUUGCUGUCCUUGUCCAAGGAGCAAAGUAUAAAGUAAAAACCUUUCUUCAGGUCCUGCAAUUCUUAACACUUUAUCCUGUUAGCAUGGAUAACGAUGCUGCCUGAGGGUCUCUUGGAUAUUGCUUAUCAUGAUACGGAUGGAAAAUGGACUUUAAAAGGCAAGGUUCAGUAAAAAAGAAGACAGUAGGUUCAAAUAAUAGGCCUGUACUUUGAGGCUUCUACAGCACCCUGUUGCAUUUGUGAGCAAAUUAGUGGUCUUCUGGCCUUAGUUAGUUUGUCUGAGAAACAGAUAUUUGCAAAUGGCUGCCUUGAGCCAUAACAGUCAUUUUGUAUCUAUCCUUCAGUUUUCACAAAAUAAACUAUUGCUGGAGCCUGUUGGCAGGUCAGUCCAUGGAA